UUGGUAGUACUUAUCAAUAUUCUGCACACAAUUGUACUGUUACUGGUAUGCACAGUACCCCACUUGUCUUUGCUGUGUGAACGUUCCUGUGACGAGACGGUUUCCCAUGCAAGUAGGGCGGGAAGUACUCGUGGAUCUGCCAUGGCUGUACCAAGAACGAGACGAGAAAAGCAGUGACCAUUGCUUUCGUGGUGCUCUUUCCACUGCAUGUAGAAUAAUUAUUGCCAUUCCAAUAAUUAAUACAAGUUUUGAUGGCCAGCUCUGAUGGGACGGGCUCGGCGCGCUCGUCCGCUGUGGACGGUAAGGUGAAGCCGCGCGAUAACUAUCUAUUCUCGCUGUUCAAGUGCAUUGAAGAUGCAUCAAGCAUGAGCCCAUGUGCACGCAGUGGCCACUGUGCAAUGCUCUAUGGAACAUCUAUGAUCGUCUUCGGUGGCUAUUUCUGUACUCCGAAUGGCCAAGGCAAAAAUUUCUCAGGCGUGUUUGUGUAUGACUUGAUUCUUCUCACCUGGAAGAAGAUCACCUGUGCAAAUCACUGUGUUCCCAAAAGAACAGCAUCGUCAGGGGCUUGCUUUGUGGAUGGAGAACUGUUUGUAUUCGGCGGUUCCGGUGAGAAGUUUGGCUCGUCCACCGAGGGCAAUUGCUUUAAGUUUGAUUUCGGAGAGGAGCGUUGGAGCAAGGUACCGCCUCAAGAGCCCAUGCCCACACCAGUGUAUGGCCAUGGUUUGACAUACUGUGCUGAGAGUGACGAGCUGUACUCCUUUGGUGGAACUACGGGAUAUUCGUACAUCAACACGGUGUUCUCAAUGUCACUGGAAACUAACACUUGGUCAGAAGUGGCGUGCAAAGGUCCAGCUCCCAAGGCCAGAUACAGCCACCGGCUGGUGGCGUGUGACGAUUGCUUCUACGUAGUGUUUGGUGGUACGGGUGGUGCAGACCCACUUGUCUUCACAGACCAUGAUAGGAUUUAUCGAUUCUGCUAUAGCAACCAUUCGUGGAGCUCCCAUCCAUGCCACGCCGAUCCAACUCAUGGCUAUCCCCGUGCAAGGCGAUCGCAUACUGUCGCAUCCAAUAGUGAAGAUGUCAUCAUGUGUGGCGGUGAGCAUGUCACCGAGGACUACGCCGUUGUUCCGCUUGAUGACAUAUGGCGGCUGCAGCUACCCGACACACCGUUUGAGUUAGCAAAGGACGGCAGCUAUGAUUCCUGCUGGCAGCCUAUGGCAGCACGCUGGUGGCGACUGCCAGUUUCUCUUCCAAAUCCCACCUACUUCCACUCUGCUGUCUUGACAGAGUCCGGCUGUUUGUGUGUGUUUGGAGGAAAUAUCUUGACCGAUUCAGGAACAAUUCAACGAGUGAACAAGUGCAUCCGGGUUUACGUCAAUGUUCCAUCUCUAGCAGAGAUUGCGUGGCGCUGUCUCAACGCAGAGUUCCCUGAGAUGAGAAAUUUGCCUAACAGAGAUCGUGCGCAAAUGUGCCUUCCCCGCUGCUACUGGCAAAAAGAUAAUUCGUUUUGAAAAUAGUUUACAGUGCGAUACGAACUACAUUGUAUUGAGCUAACUGCUUGCUGACUUUGAAGCUUUGUAUCUCAUAGAUACGCUGUUCAGAAUGACUGUGUUCCCUUUAGUUUUGGUCUGAUACUCAAUCGGCUCCUCCCCUGCUCGUA